UGAUCACAUAGUCAGUGUUUCACAGCAUCGGGAUUAUCAUUUUCAACAGAUUCCUCAGCCACUCUAACACUUAAGCAUUUAAAGCAGGCGUUAAAGAAGAAAGAGCACCUUGCCCGCUUGCAGAGCUAGCUCUCAGACAGCCAUCGCGGUGAGACUGAGAGCCAUUCCUAUGGUGGCCAGCCAAUGCCUGGCCAUGGGCAACGGUUCGAUAAAAGCCCCACAGGCUGAGGAGAACAGCUGCCUGGCCUCCAUCCACAGGGACCGCCCUGGCUUGGACACAGAUGUCCUCAGGUUGCGGAUUACCCAACUGGAGGCGGAGCUGGCAUGUCGGGACCUGGAGUUUCGAUCCCAGGAGCUCCAGUUACAGCAUCUCCGCGUCGAACUGGAGGCCAAGAUCUCCCAGAUCGACAAGCUCCAGGAUGCCAUCGGCUACAACAACAGCCUGGGCCGCUCUCCGCCGGCCCUGCGCCACCACGACCACCGCCGCUUCAGUGUCAUCAACCAGGGCCCCAGCCGUUUCCACAGGGUGGCUGUGGAGGUCCACCGCAGGCUCAAAGCAAAAGACGGCGUGUCUGCUGAACCCACUUCGGAGAACUUCUGUGGAGGGUUCAGAGCAGCCCACAUCUCAAUUGCAAAGUCCAUCCACAAAGACUCACAGACCAAGAAGCUCAUCAACAAUGCUAUCAUGAACAAUGACUUUCUGAAGAAGCUGGAGCCACAGCACACGAGGAAGAUGGUGGACUGUAUGUAUGAGAAGGUUUACACGGAGGGACAGCUGGUCAUCCAGGAGGGGGAACCUGGAAACUACCUCUAUGUACUGGCAGAUGGCUUGCUGGAGGUCAUUCAGAAUGGGAAGCUGCUGGGGGAGAUGCGUCCUGGCACAGCGUUUGGGGAACUGGCCAUUCUCUACAAUUGUAAGAGAACAGCCACUGUCAAAUCUGUGUCCCAGUCUCAUAUCUGGGCACUGGACCGCAAGGCUUUCCAGACCAUCAUGAUGCGGACCACACAAGCCAGACAUGAGGAGUACUUCAGCUUUCUGCGAAGUGUGUCUCUGCUCCGAGGACUACCUGAGGAGAAACUAGCCAAGGUUGUUGAUUGUCUUGAAGUGGACUAUUUCGAAAAAGGGGAGUAUAUUAUCCGAGAGGGUGAAGAAGGGAAUACUUUUUUUAUUAUUGCAAAAGGAGAGGUCAUAGUCACUCAAAGCACAGAGGGCUUCAAUGAGCCACAGGAAAUCAAGACAUUGGGAGUUGGAGACUACUUUGGAGAGAAAGCUCUCAUCAGUGAGGAUGUUCGCUCAGCCAACAUCAUCUGCAAUGAGAACGACACACACUGCCUGGUGGUGGACAGAGACAAUUUCAACCAAAUGGUGGGAACUUACGAGGAACUCCAGGCUUACCUGAAGGAAUACGUGGAGGAGCUUUCUAGGAAUGAUGAGAGGAGACAUGCCCUGCCACACUCUCCUCAGGUUGACUCUGCAGAGGCCCAGGAGCUGAGGAAGCUGAGGGAGAAGAUUUCUCUCCUGCCUUUCCAGGAGCUCGAGGUCAUAGCUACAUUGGGCAUGGGAGGAUUUGGACGAGUGGAGCUGGUGAAGCUGAAGAAUGAGGACACCACGUUUGCUCUGAAGUGCAUUAAGAAGAAGCAUAUUGUGGACACCAGACAGCAGGAGCACAUCUACUCUGAGAAAAACAUCCUUCAGCAAACAAACUCAGUGUUUAUCAUCAGGUUAUUCCGAACAUUUCGGGAUGAUAAGUUUGUCUACCUGCUGCUGGAGGCGUGUCUUGGUGGAGAGCUGUGGACUGUGCUGCGGGACAUGAGUUAUUUUGAUGAGCCCACAGCUAGGUUCUGUACUGGUUGUGCCUUAGAGGCCUUUGAUUACCUCCACACUAUGGGAAUCGUCUACAGAGACCUGAAACCUGAGAACCUUCUACUGGAUGCUGAGGGAUAUGUCAAAAUGGCAGACUUUGGCUUUGCUAAAAGGAUUGGCCUUGGAAAGAAGACCUGGACGUUCUGUGGGACUCCAGAGUAUGUGGCCCCAGAAGUCAUUAUGAACAAAGGCCAUGACUUUGGAGCUGAUUGCUGGUCCUUGGGAAUCCUCAUAUUUGAACUUCUUACCGGCAACCCACCCUUUGCUGGCUCAGACCCCAUAAAGAUCUACACCAUGGUCCUCCAUGGCAUUGAGAAGGUGGACUUCCCUAAAAGAAUAGGGAAGCGUCCAGACGAACUCAUCAGGAGACUCUGCAAGCUAAACCCAGUAGAGAGGCUGGGGAACAAAAAGAAUGGCAUCAUUGAAAUCAAGAAACACAAGUGGUUCCAGGGCUUCAACUGGGAAGGUUUGAGGCGUCACAAGCUGCUAUCUCCAUUGAGGAGAGAGCUGAAGGGGCCAAUGGAUCACAGUCACUUUGACAUGUUUCCUCCAGACACAGAGGAGCCUCCUGAUGAGCUGUCUGGCUGGGAUAAAGACUUCUGAAGACUCCGAUUCUAUAGAAUCGAAGCACCAGCAGUGGACCUGGCUCAUGAGGGUUAGCAAGUACAAUGUUUUCCAGAGAAUUUAGUUGAAGCCCAUUCCCUCACCUCAGCCCUGAGCAACAUGAAAUGACUUUGUGACAGAUAAGUUCCUGCUAAACUACAGGUUUUAACAGGCGUCUCAUCUCCUGAGCGAGGAAGUACUUCCUCCAGUUUUCACAGUAUUUUACAGACGAAUGCGUUUCAGAUUUAUGCCAUGAAAAGGCUAUGGUGGCACCAAAUAUGUCACUUCUUUUUGGUCGGCAGUUAAUGGCACAAGUCAAGCACAUUGAACCCAAUCAUAUUUUUCCGUUUUGCUCUGCUGUGCAUAUCGUGAUCACUUAUUUUUGUAAUAUUGUUUCAUAUUUCUAAUGUAUUCUUGCACUGUUUGGCUGUGAGUUGUAUCACUGAUAAAUCUUCUGGUCAACCUUUAGGUUACAACCUCUAACUCCAGCUCCCUCUCAAUGACCUUUUUUCUUCCCCAAAUACUAAUAAUGGGCCAUGCUGGUUUCUUCGUCAAGCUUUCACCACUUUUUUGUAUGUUUCCAAGUAUUGGUUGUCCUAUAUUGGUUAAGAAUAGUCCUAAAUGUGACCACACAAUACUGUAUCGCUGUAAGGUGAAGGGAAAAUGUAUUACAGUCAUAUCAUAGAUCAAGCUACAAAAAUCGAAAGUAUGAAUAGAUAUAAAUUACAUCAAGUUGGGAAUCUUCCGCUUGCCACCCAUAGGGCAUUCUUACUGGUUUAAAUAAAUGCAGAUUGGAUGACAGGAAAGCCAAUAAAUCACUAAUCAAAUUCCUCUGAAAUAUUUGGAUUAUAGAAUGUGGCGCCCCAGAGGGAUGACAUAUCACAAUUAAAAUGAUCUUCCUGCUUGAACUAACUUAAGUAACACUUUGUGCAUUUACUGUGUCAUUUCGUUGAUGGAUUUAAGUGCCAAUAAAAUAAAGAAUUCCAGAUUAACUUGGGGUGUGACAGGAGUUCAGAUCACUGCAGCAUAAUAGGACUGGUAAAGUCAUAUUGUAUGAAAAGUUUUAAAAAAAGGAUGAGUAUGAGUACACAUAUAUAGCGCUGGUAACUGGUAGCACACAUUUACAGUAAAAUUCCAUUGUGUCAAUCAAGUACUAACAAAAUAUUUACAAGUUCUUACUUGUACUUUAAUGAACGUGUAGUGGAAGAAAGCGAUACUGUGUGGAGUAACAACAGGGUAUUUUGGAUAGAUCUAGAUUGAUCAAGCAUAGUUCAAUUAUAAGGGCUGUUACACAAAGUGUGACCAAACAACACAUUCUCACUCCCAACUUGUCAGAUAUGUCAGCUUGGUGAGUGGACUGUACUCUUCAAACUAUGACGCUCCAGUUAAGUUUAGUCAACAGAACCAUUUAGAUAGGUUUAGGAAAAUCAUUGUGAACUACGUCAACUAAGUAAAACUACGUAAAAUCCGUCAUAAUUUUAAAAAAACACCAACACUUUGGGACUUUGGUCUCAAACCCCAGUGUCCUGGUUACUAGUCCUGUUUUUGUUUGACCCAUUGACCUGCCCACU